AUGGCAACUUACACUUCCACCAAUUACCCGCCCGCUGAGUCUUAUCCCUUCGGCGGAAAUGGUGUCCGCCGACCUCUCCUGGACAGCCGUACAUGGAAUCUAAUCGUCAAUGAGUCACAGACGAACACCCCUCGCAAAGCAAUUUCCAUCAUGACUCUAAUCUGCCUCAGCACCAUAAUGGGAUUCAUUUCGGCAGUUGCUAUCAUCCUGGGAUUAUACUACUACUACGCUGUCCACCAUGCCAUUGUCCCCUGGGACGUCAUCAACUAUUAUGGGAUUACUUGGUCUAUCCGCAACCAGCUGAUUUGGCUCGAUGCACACGACAUGCUCUUUUGGUUGAUCUUUAUGUUGAUAUGGACACUGUCGACGUCGCUCAUGUAUCGGGUGUUCUUGUACGUCAGGUUCGCUCCCUUUCGUGAGGCGAAGCACAAGGGGCGUCAAGAUUGGUGA